AGCUUAGCUAUCUUAAUUCUGAGUGCCCUCACACUUCACUUCUUUUGUGCCCUUGGCCUUCGUGCGCGUCUGCCAUACGCUCUGCUGCGUCGUCAAUUCACUUGGAGUUCUGAAACUCCUUUUAAAGAUGCAGAGCAGCAGAGAAUGCUAGAAAGUAGAUCCGUCACUAAACAUAUGGAGCGUGAUCGACCUCAAGAUUACUCUGAGACAAAUGCUGAAGCCUUAGAUCUGGAAAAUGAAGUUACCAUGCCUAACAUGAGCUCGUCUUUAUCUACGCAUGGCUUUCCAGCAGUUGAUUACCAAAUUAAAUUUCUAAAAAACAUCCAACGCGGCCAUAAAAGAAGUCUUUUCGGCCGGCCAUCCCUAGGCCGAUGCACGCCUUCUUCAACUGGAUAUCAACUUAUUGGUACUGGAAGUUCUACUCCAAACUUUGGUUUGGAAGAGCUGUCUUCAUCCGGCUAUGCUGUCGCUUAUUCAUUUAGUGGACUAAGUGAGGAAAACGAUGAAGUCGAAAAGAGAAAUUGCAAAAUUAAAGAAACUGCUAAAUUGUCAUCGGUGAACUGGAGCAAUUUAACCACAUCCGAGCCAGAAAAACGUAUGAACGAGAUAAGGCUUGAUAAUAUAUCAGUAAAUCAUUCAGGAUUCGAUGAGUUACAUCACAUGUCUAGUGCUAGUGAUAGAGGGAGUGAUGCGAUUCAAAUGGAGGAGGAUGAAGACGAAGAACAACCCGAUGGAGAACAGGAAGAUAAUGGAGAUGAGGCUACUUUCCUUGAUUUCCAAGUUCAUAACGUUCAAAAUGAUAAGCCCACUCGAAGUCUUAUUCAAGGUGCUGCUGAUAACUUACAGAGAUUUAUGGCAUUAGUUAAGCUAAUAAAACCACGUCAACACAGGACCAUGCCUACUCAGAGUCAACAUCGUUUACUAAAUAUGGCAUUAAAAUCAGACGGAGUCGAGCAGUCCAUGGAAGCAUCUCAAGAAUUGCAUGAAAUAGAUUUGCUAAAUUAA